UUGAACAUUUUUUUUAUUUAAAAAAUGAUCCUCCUUCACCCUAUUCACUUAGCCAAUGAGAAGAGUCUUUUUGGAGGGAUCUCAAAGGAAGAAUUCUACAAGAAGCACCAAAUCAUCCACAAUGAAACAUUCAUUCUCAACAAGCAUGGCAAGAAGAUCUUCACCCAAACAUGGAGUCCCGACCCGACCAUAUCCACCACCCGAGCCCUAGUCGCCAUGAUCCACGGCUACACCGACGAGAGCAGUUGGUUCAUGCAACUUACCGCGGUUGCCCUAGCUCAGGCCGGCUUCCACACCGUGGCCCUGGACUUGCAGGGCCACGGUUUCUCAGAAGGCCAUCAAGGUCACGUGCCGGAUAUCGGUCCUCUGGUUGAGGAUUGUCGUGAAGUCUUCAACUCGGCUCGACUAGCCCAACCUCCAAACCUACCGGCUUUUCUCUACGGAGAAUCGCUCGGUGGAGCCAUAGCUAUACUCACGUGUAUCGAUAAACUCGGUUGUCAUCAUUAUCGGGAUUGGGAUGGGAUGGUUAUAUGCGGUGCCAUGUGUGGAGUAUCGAAGAAACUCCGGCCGCCUCGACCGGUUGAAAUGCUUUUACCUUUGGCGGCUUUCAUGGCUCCAAAAUGGAACAUAAUUAUAACGAAGCCACCGGCUUCGAAGUCUUAUAAAGAAAGAUGGAAGAAGCUUCUUGUGAAGAGGAGACCUAAUAAACCGAAGAAUGAGAAACCUACGGCUGCGAGUGCUUUGGAGCUUUUAAAGGUUUGUGAUUACAUAAGUGGGAAUGGACGGCGGAUUGAGGUUCCUUUGUUGAUGAUUCACGGUGGAGAUGAUAAGAUUUGCGAACCGGAGUCAGCUAGGGUGGUGUAUGAGUCAGCUUCCAGCAAGGAUAAGACACUUAGGAUUUUCGAAGGUAUGUGGCAUCAAUUCAUUGGUGAGAGUAAUGACAGGGUGGAAGAAGUGUUUGGAGUUAUAUUGGCUUGGAUUGUUGAAAGAGUUGACAGACUAACUAGGCAAGACGAUGAAGUUAAAGUUUGAAAUUUAACCGGGCUAAUUUUAUUUUAUAAUAUAUAUCCGAAGUAAGGAAAAAUCAGCCAUUUAGGGUGGCUAAGUUCACUUCGGCACCGAACAUCGCAUAGCUACUUCAUCCCACCCGUAACUUAAUAAAGUGGACUGGACUGACCACACUGAAAAUAAAUGUAAACAUGGAUAGCUGACUAGAAUGAUAAUAAUAUCAAAUAAGCAAAAUCUACCUAAGUUAUUUAGUUAUAUAUAUACAAUAUGUUAAGUCAAUCGAACUACAACUCAAGUAGCCUAAAGGGUAGAUCCGCCCUCGUGGCUAGGAAAACAUGGUGGUUAUUUAUUGUUUAUUUGAUAUGCAUGGUUAUAUUCAACUUUUCUUUCUAUUUUGGUAAAAAAAGAAGAAAAAAAAGGACAUUUAUGAGUUUGUAAUUGGUGUUUAAGAGAUCAAAACCCAAGAUUAAAAUAUGUAUUCUCUAUAAUGGAUUACAAACAAGACUUAAUGUGGUAAUUGCAAUAUGUGGUUGGAAAUAAA